AUGCAAUAUAGCCUGUCAACAUCUCAGAUUAUGGUGGAAACUGAUUCUUAUACUUUAGUUCAAAUGGUGAGAGGAUUAGCUGCUGUUCCAUGGAAGAUGCAAUAUCUGUUAGAAAGGAUUAAGCUAUUGUUUAAAUUUUUGAAUUUGCAAAUCAAGCACAUUUAUAGGGAAGCUAAUGGUCUGGCUGACUUCUUAGCUUCCUUUGCUGUUAAAUCAGAACAGUGCACUGAAUUUUCUGCAAAUAAUAUUCUGCCAUCUAUUGGGAGGGUUAUAAUGCAACAAGAUUUAUAUGGAUUUCCCUCUGCCAGAUUGAAGAGAUUGAUAUGUGAACAAAGAGAAGAAUCAAGAGCAGUUCUUCAGUAUCUGUUGGUUGCUCCUUUUCCAUUCUGCCUGGGCUAUCUUCUGGACUUCUUUUGUGAGCUUUUGAGUGUGGAUGAUCAGAUUUGGAUUUCUGAGGGGAUGGUUCUUAUUAAUGUUUUUGGCAGACUGUUGGGCUUCAACAUGGUAUUACUUUUCCAGCUUAGUCCUAUACCUGCCUUUUCUUUCUGCUCAUAG